CGGUGGCCGUGCAGCCAUGAGCUCCUCGCAGUUCAACAAGGGGCCCGCGUACGGGCUCUCGGCCGAGGUCCGCAGCCGGCUCCUGUCUAAAUACGACCCUCAGAAGGAGGCAGAGCUUCGCACCUGGAUCGAGGGUCUCACGGGCCUCUCCAUCGGCCCCGACUUCCAGAAGGGUCUGAAGGAUGGGGUCAUCUUAUGCACGCUCAUGAACAAGCUCCAGCCGGGCUCUGUGCCCAAGAUCAACCACUCCAUGCAGAACUGGCACCAGCUAGAAAACCUCUCCAACUUCAUCAAGGCCAUGGUCAGCUACGGCAUGAACCCCGUGGACCUGUUCGAGGCCAACGACCUCUUUGAGAGUGGGAACAUCACGCAGGUCCAGGUGGCCCUGCUGGCACUGGCUGGGAAGGCCAAGACAAAAGGGCUGCAGAGCAGUGUGGACAUCGGGGUCAAGUACUCGGAGAGGCAGCAGCGGAACUUUGAUGAUGCCACCAUGAAGGCGGGCCAGUGCGUCAUCGGGCUGCAGAUGGGCACCAACAAGUGCGCCAGUCAGUCAGGCAUGACGGCGUAUGGCACCAGGAGGCAUCUCUAUGACCCCAAGAACCACAUCCUGCCACCCAUGGACCACUCCACCAUCAGCCUGCAGAUGGGCACCAACAAGUGUGCCAGCCAGGUGGGCAUGACGGCGCCUGGGACCCGGCGGCACAUCUAUGACACCAAGCUGGGGACGCACAGGUGUGACAGCUCCUCCAUGUCCUUGCAGAUGGGCUACACACAGGGGGCCAGCCAGAGCGGCCAGGUCUUUGGCCUGGGCCGCCAGAUAUACGACCCCAAGUACUGCCCACAAGGCCCUGUGGCAGAUGGYGGUGCGGUGGGCACCAGCGACGGCCCCGGGGAGGCCUCGGAACGUCCCCCCUACCUGGAAGAGGCUGGCUGCUGAGGCCCCAGUGUGCUGGGUCCCCUGCCCGCAGCAGCACCCACCUGGGCUCUGGGGGGUUUCUGGGUUCUUGCUUGUUUUUUAAAGCAUUGCCAGGCAGGUCUGGGCAGCUGGGUGGGAGGGCCAGGGCUUUUCCCUCCCUGCUGGGGUUUCACAGACUGAGCUGGGCGAAGGCAGGGCCCCUGCAGCGGUGGGAGUCCUCGGACACCCGGGAGCAGA